AUGCACUCGUGCCAUCACAUGCACUCAUGCCAUCACAUGGAUGCCGUCACAUACAUGCCAUCUCAUGCAGUAUUGCCACUCAUGCCUAUCAUCCAGUUCGCAACUCACUGCACCCUAUCCCUACUGCACCUUAUCCCUACUGCACCUUAUCCCUAUCUCUUCUGCAUUUAUCUCUGCUCCCUUUUUGCCACUGCUCCCUAUCCCUCCUCCCUAUCCGCCACUGCUCCCAAUCCCUCCUCCCUAUCCGCCACUGCUCCCAAUCCCUCCUCCCUAUCCGCCACUGCUCCCAAUUCCUCCUCCCUAUCCGCCACUGCUCUAUCCCUCCUACUCCCUAUCCGCCACUGCUCCCUAUCCCUCCUACUCCCUAUCCGCCACUGCUCCCUAUCCCUCCUACUCCCUAUCCGCCACUGCUCCCUAUCCCUCCUACUCCCUAUCCGCCACUUCUCCCUAUCCCUCCUACUCCCUAUCCGCCACUUCUCCCUAUCCCUCCUACUCCCUAUCCGCCACUGCUCCCUAUCCCUCCUACUCCCUAUCCGCCACUGCUCCCUAUCCCUCCUACUCCCUAUCCGCCACUGCUCCCUAUCCCUCCUCCCUAUCCGCCACUGCUCCCAAUCCCUCCUCCCUAUCCGCCACUGCUCCCAAUCCCUCCUCCCUAUCCGCCACUGCUCCCAAUCCCUCCUCCCUAUCCGCCACUGCUCCCUAUCCCUCCUCCCUAUCCGCCACUGCUCCCAAUCCCUCCUCCCUAUCCGCCACUGCUCCCUAUCCCUCCUCCCUAUCCGCCACUGCUCCCUAUCCCUCCUCCCUAUCCGCCACUGCUCCCUAUCCCUCCUCCCUAUCCGCCACUGCUCCCUAUCCCUCCUCCCUAUCCGCCACUGCUCCCUAUCCCUCCUCCCUAUCCGCCACUGCUCCCUAUCCCUCCUCCCUAUCCGCCACUGCUCCCAAUCCCUCCUCCCUAUCCGCCACUGCUCCCUAUCCCUCCUCCCUAUCCGCCACUGCUCCCUAUCCCUCCUCCCUAUCCGCCACUGCUCCCUAUCCCUCCUCCCUAUCCGCCACUGCUCCCUAUCCCUCCUCCCUAUCCGCCACUGCUCCCUAUCCCUCCUCCCUAUCCGCCACUGCUCCCUAUGUCUCCAAGCCCCUAUCCUAGGCAUGGACAGACAGGCGAGCCCAGUCUGGCCCGAGUCGACUUUGGGCUUGCCAAAUGAUGAAUCCCGCCGGUUCACCUCGAAGCGAACCUGGCAAGGCCUGCCCCCAAGACCCUUGCGUUAUUUUUUGCCAAGGGGUCCUUGUAUGGGCAUUCAGUGA